AUGGAAUACAAGAUUGUUCAAAGUCCUGAGACACUUGAGACCCAAGACAAAACUUUGUUGCAUUAUGUCAACAUAAUAUCAAGCAUUGUUGCUACUUAUCAACUCCUGUUCGUGCAGCCAUUGAAUGUACUUCCAGAGCAGAUAUCUGGAGCUUUCCUUGCAAGUACACUAGUGGCAAGCUUGAUUUUUCACACUAGUGAAGAACUUAGAAAAGAUAGUAAUUUCAGAACAGGAUCCAAAGUUGUUGCUUUCGUAACCCAAGGAUUUUAUCUGUACUUCAUUUACAUGUUCUUGACCAACGGAAGAUUCCCUCCAAUCAUGAUCUUCAAUAUCAAGUUCUUUCCAUUUGUAGUAUCUACAAACUUGGCUGCUGGAACCUUGUUGGCCUUACUGUUCAGAUUGGAGGCAAAGAAGCCAGAAGUAGUCUAUAUGAUGCCAUAUGCACCCGAUCAAGCUAUGCUUAAGAAGCCUGCUACUGGAAUGGUAUAAUUAGUUCUGAAUAGAAUUUC